GAGGCUCUUUCUAGAUACGGGUCUGAAACAUUAAAAUCUGAUAACAAAAUGACUACAGCAGCAACUUCAUCUCAUCUUGAAGACUACAGUCACACAAAAGAAAAAGACAAUUCAUCAAAAGGAAACACAAACCGACUGGUUCCUGAGUCUGCGUUAUCUCAAAGCCCCCAACAGCCAAAGAUCAACACUUGGACGUCUUCUAGCAGCAGAAGCCAAACCAUUAUGUCACCAGUUUACCAGAGGUUUCUGGAUGAGGUGGGGGAAGGGCCACUUACAGAUGACCUGCUGCAAUGUCUGGCUGAGGAGCUGAUCUCACUGGAUGAGAGGGAUGUAUCCAUAGGCCCAUGUCCUGAGAACCUGGAACCAAGCAAACAGGAUUACAACAGAGAAUACGAUCCGGUACCAAGAAGAAAUACAUUUCCUGAGGUUGGUUCAACAUACAGUGCUGCUUUGCUUGGCUCUGGGUUGGUUGUAGAUGACACCAUCACAUGGACAAAGGGGGAAGUACUCGGCAGGGGAGCCUAUGGGACAGUGUACUGUGGCCUGACCAGUCAGGGCCAGCUGAUAGCUGUGAAGCAGGUGACCCUGGAUGCUUCUGACCCUGACGCUGCAAAGAAGGAGUACAGUCGCCUGCAGGGGGAGGUGGAGCUGCUUAAAACCCUUAGACACACCAACAUUGUGGGCUUCCUGGGGACCUCACUUUAUCAGCAUAUGGUUUCCAUCUUCAUGGAAUACAUACCUGGAGGAUCCAUCGCUAGCAUCCUGCACAGGUUUGGUCCUUUACCAGAGCGUGUGUUGGCUCUGUACACCCAGCAGAUCUUGGAAGGGGUGGACUACCUUCACCUAAACAGGGUGAUACACCGUGACUUGAAGGGAAACAACAUCAUGCUGAUGCCCACUGGCGUUAUCAAGCUCAUAGACUUUGGCUGUGCACGCCGCCUCAGCUGCCUGAACCACACUUCUAGCAACAGUGGAGAUCUGCUCAAGUCUGUCCAUGGCACGCCAUACUGGAUGGCACCAGAGGUUAUCAAUGAGACAGGAUAUGGCAGGAAGUCAGAUAUAUGGAGUGUGGGUUGCACAGUGUUUGAGAUGGCCACAGGAAAACCACCACUGGCACACAUGGACAAGAUGGCUGCCUUGUUCUACAUUGGGGCACGAAGAGGGUUGAUGCCCUCUUUACCAGAUGUAUUUUCGGAUAACGCCAAGGAUUUUGUGAAAAUCUGCUUGACAAGUGACCAGAGACUACGGCCAUCUGCAGACCAGCUAUUGAAGCAUUCGUUCAUCCUAUCCCAAAAUGAGACCGGAGUGAACUCUUAGGAAUCACAGAAAAAGAACUGCUGUGGUCACCCAGAGGGACUGUGUGGUUAACAAGGACUUACACGAAACAGAAUAUGUUUUAGUUUAACGGGACAUUAAAUGAUUUCAUUCAGAUUGGUGAUUCAAAUUCAAGUAUUUUUUGUGACCCUUUAAGGGCCUGCCACCUAUCCCCCCCUGAUGCAUCAUUAGUGUGUUUGGGAACAUGGGGCAGUGGGCUUAUGUCCCAGACUAUCACCAAGAAGAAACUGAAGAAAGGAACUGAGAAGCACUUUUAUACGUUUCACUUGUUACAUUUGGUACAUUAAUAGAACCUAUAAAAUGUGAAGCGAUAGAUGCCAGAUUUUUGUUACUGACUGGGUAUUUCCUAUAGCAAUUUUGUGCCAAUCUUAUUCAAACCAUAAAUUUAUGUGUA